CGGAUUUGGCGCGACAGCUACAUGACACCUUGUGAGGAAGCCGAGUAUAACCUGGCGAGGGCGCGGCAGAAGCAACAAGUCAUUGCGCGGGAUCAUGUGCGCCAGCUGAGAAGAUCGAAUGGCACUCAUUUUCAGACGAUGGUAAACAUGCACGCCCAGAACCAAAGUUUGGCCGCGAUCAGUCGGCGCCUGCGCAUGGCGCCAUGCAUCGUGGCCCGAACAUAUCUCGAGCACGUAGAAGAAGUGGACAAGAGCAAGAUAUACAAACUUCUGCUGUCUACGGUGGUAAUGAGCGACGACAACAGCGGGAAUCACCUGCCAGCCUUGAGUACACGACUGCGGGGCGAGUUGCGAGAGUGUGUAGAAGACGAUGUGCAUUGCUCACCACUGUGCGACCGUAUUCGACGAAGCGAAGGCGACGAGUACGAACAUCUAAUGGUGCUCCAACUCACACAGCUCGGAAUUCCGUUCGAGAACGAGCACAUGCUUCGCGAGCGCGGGCUUGCGAAGACUCCUGACGCACUCCUGGUCGUGCCGAUCCAAGUCAAGGUCAACGACACGUGGCACGUCGUGCAGUGGAUCGACUCGAAAGCUAUGGCUCACGAGGCUGGGACAGAGAACGAGGCGCAACACACAGCUCAAGCCCAUGCGUACGUGAAUCGAUUUGGGCCAGGCAUGUUGGUUUACUGGCAUGGCGUCGGUUCCGACCGCACGACAUCUCCAUCGGACGAUGUCAUUGUGGUAGAUGCCAUUCCACCGACGUUUUUGUUUCCAGGGCAAAAGUUCAACGACACCCAGAGCACCCCCAACACAAGACUUGCAGGGACGACGCUUGCUUUCGAGCCAAUGCAGGUCGUCACGACCCGCGACGACGACGGCAUUCCGUCCACAGCCGUGUUCUUUUAACAUGAAUGUGUCCAUGACGGGAUGACGGUGGUGUUGUGAAGCAGACCAUGCGAUUCAAUGAAUCGUCGCUUCCUUCUCCGACAUGCCACUCGCACUUUUGUUUUCGUGGCCGAUCCACGAACGGAAGGUUGCGCCUGGAC